GCGGAAUAUGCGGUGUGAAUAGGCAGGUGUCGAAAACCUUCUAAACAGAGUGUACUAAGACUGCUCCAGCUCAUGCGCUCAUGAUACUGUAGCCUACACUGAUAUUAAAGUAUUCGAAAUUAAAUAAUUCACGCGACUAAGUCUGCUGAUCAGCCUACAGGUAGAUUUGUGUGCUGACUGGGGAUAUGGAAUGGCUGCAGUUUUUUGGUAUUAGGCACAAGAAUGAUGCCUUCUUCGCAGUGCUUGCAAUACAGAUAUAUUUCUCCAUUUAGCCACUACAGUUUACAAUCCCUCAACUUUCCAGAAAGGGAACGACGAGGCUAUGGACAAAAUCACUACUGAGGACUCUAUCUGUGUCUCAGACUCCACCGAUUCCAAACUUUCUCACACCGACUACUGCAUGUCUGGAAAUGAGUCCUCUUUGAGUGCACAGACUGACUUCACAGAUAUCUGCAGAGACAAAAAGACCAACUACAGAUCCACACAGACCAGCUACAGCCCUUACCAGCACCCGCUAGGUCUACCCUCUGGCUACAGUCCCCAGACACCUUUUCCUAGUCAGACGGAAGAAUGUCUGAGCACCCUAGUGCCGCACAAUGGGGACCUGCUCCACUCGACCUCUGUGGGCAGCGGUUCGGUGGAAUACCCUAGUGGCAACCUCCCCUCUUUCUUAGUGUCUGGAAAUGACUGCAGUUAUUCUAGUGAUUCCAGCUACUCUUGCUCUCCAGACAGGCACAGUCUGGGAGACGGAAGUCUAGAACAGCCAUGUUCACUGCACUCUGUCCCAAAUGCGUUCGCGCCUCACAGCUACUGCAUGCCCUCGCACCCCUGCGCGUCCCGCGGGCCGCCCUGCUGUAGUCAAUGCCCUGCAGACGUGUAUCAAAUGGAUCAGGGCUCUUAUUACAGGCCACAUUACCACAUGCCCUGUUGGCCUUCAAGCCCUGAAAACAGCAGACAAUCAGCCUCGGAGUUCACUUAUAGUGGCCACACCUCUCCUCACCCUCGAGAUAAACUAACCCCAAGCACAGGCCCUCUAUCCCUGGAGCAGAGGAAGGUGUUUGUUACUUACGAAGCAGACAGUGAAAAACAUGUCAAAGAGAUCAUCAACUUUGUUGCCCUACUAAGACACAACGGCUUCUACACUCAUAUUGACAUGUUUGAACAACAGUUCAAGAGCAUAAGCAAGAUUGACUUCAUGGAGAGAUACAUCAGCGAAAAAGACUAUCUGAUCAUCAUAGUCAUUAGUCCAAAGUACCAUGAGAUUGCGACCAAUGCCUCAUUUUGCAUGGAAAAUGAUGAAACACUCAACACUGUCUACAUAUACAAGCAGUUACAAAACGAGUUCAUUCAGAACGGUGCCAGGAAUUACAGAUUCAUCCCCAUCUUGUUUCCUGGUGCCAAGAAGUGCCACGUCCCUUUAUGGCUUCAAAGCACACAAAUCUUCACCUGGCCCAGAGACCGUGAUGACAUUCUUCGUCGACUCAUGCGUGUUGAGAAGUACAACCCUCCACCCAUCGGAGAGCUGCCCACUAUUGUCUCCAUCCCAAUUUAGGUGGUUAAGUUUGCUUCUGUAUGUUACAUGAGUUUAAGUGCCAAGAUUUAGUAAGUUAUCUCAGUUUUUCUCUUUACUUUGUAUUAAGCUGCAUCACUUUAGGAACAUUUUGGAGGGAAACGUCCAUUGUUACCUGUAUAGUGAUGUGCUUCCACAGAAGUUACCUUCAAACCAAGCAGCUUUCUGGUGGUCAUUGGUACAAAUUAAUGCUACCAACUUGAACUCGUUGUGAAAUCUGCAUGGGGAAAUCUUUUGCUCCAUGCCAGGUUCCUGAUCUUGUGGAUUUCUAUUGAAAUUACUAGAUUUUUCCACAAACAUUGGACGAACAAUGAUAAAUAUGACAGCACUUUUUGACUUAAUAAAACUUU